UUUGUUUGGAAUGGAGAUCUGGAUAAGAAGGCAGACCCUAUCCGUAUGUAUGCCACUGGGGAGAUUAGUGCACAGCUAGACAAAAUUCAAUGUGAUUAUUAUGGUUUUUCCUCUGAGGGAUGCAUAAGACCCAAACAAUCCUAUUGUAGUAGUGCUGGGGACUGGUUUGAUCCAAUGACCGGUCCCGUCGGAAUUGCAUGGGAUAAACAUUUGUUCAACUACACCCUUGGUAUUAGUGAGUGCAGGGAGAUUUGUGUAAAAAAUUGUUCUUGCAAAGCCUAUGGUACAUCCAACCCUGAUGGAACUGGCUGCGCAUUCUCUUCUUCCACUGCUUAUAAAUACGUACAAGAUGGUGGUGAAGUCCUUUACAUUCGCCAUCAAGUAGGUAUUAAGCCACACUCAAAGGGAAGUAGUUCAUCCCCUGUUCCUGUUUUGGUGCCUAAUCAUCUGACCCAGAGGAAGCCACACUCAAACAGAAGAACGAUUAUAGCUGCUCUUGCAGUAGCAUCCGUUCUCAUCCCUGCCAUAAUUUUGCUAGUCUGGCGUAUGAAUCCAAGAAAAUGUCGUACUUGCUUUACAGCCCCAAUGGUAUCUUCGAGGCAACAACUUGCUAGUAAAGAGGAGGAGGAAGAGUUGCCUUUCUUCCAUUUUAGAAGUAUAGAGAUUGCCACAAAUUACUUCUCAGAUGAAAAUAAGCUUGGUCAAGGAGGAUUUGGUACUGUAUACAAGGGAAUAUUGGCCAAUGGUCAAGAAAUUGCAGCGAAACGACUCUUAAAAAUGUCUGGACAAGGAAUCCAACAAUUCAAAAAUGAAGUUCUAUUGAUUUCAAAAUUACAACAUAGGAAUCUUGUUAAACUUUUGGGUUGCUCCACUCAAGGAGAUGAUGAGAAGAUAUUAAUAUAUGAGUACUUGCCAAAUAAAAGUUUGGAUUCAAUUCUUUUUGAUGCAAAAAAGAAAGUUUGUCUCGAUUGGAGAAAGCGUGUCAUCAUAAUUGAUGGGAUUGCUCAAGGACUUUUAUAUCUUCACAAAUAUUCAAGAUUGAAGAUUAUACAUAGAGAUUUGAAAACAAGUAACAUAUUAUUAGACAUUCACAUGCAUCCCAAGAUUUCUGAUUUUGGAACGGCAAGAAUAUUUACAGAUAGUGAUUCUCACGCAAACACAAAAAAUAUUGUUGGGACUUACGGUUACAUGUCUCCAGAAUAUGCCAUGGAUGGUUGUUUCUCUGAAAAAUCUGAUGUUUUCAGUUUUGGAGUCAUGGUAAUGGAGAUUGUAAGUGGAAAGAGAAACACUGGAUUCUAUAAUCCAGAUCGUGUUUCAAAUUUACUUGGUUAUGUUUGGGAUUUAUGGAUAGAAGGAAGAGUUUCAACUAUAAUUGAUCUAACAAUGGACAAGACAAUUUCAAUUAGCGAAGCAACAAGGUGUAUUCAAAUAGGUUUGUUAUGCGUUCAAGAUUGUGCAGCAGAUAGACCGACCAUGUCAGAUGUGGUAUCUAUGCUUGGUAAUGAAUCAACAAUUUUACCUAUUCCUAAACAACCUGGUUUCUCUACUGUCAUGGGCAUAAAAUGUGAUGAUGUUGGUAAUAAUCCAAAAAUUUGCUCUAACAAUAUGGUCACGAUUUCAGAGAUCGAAGGUCGAUAGUUACAUAUUAUUUUCAUUGUGGAACGACUUUUUGGGUCACUUUGGUGCUAGAAUAAUUGCUAACAAACUAGAUUUCCUUAGAGAUUAUAAGUGACAUUUCAAUUUGCAAUUAGACCUAUCAUUUGUUUCAUUUCUUUGAAUAUGAUGCAUUUUUGAAAAAGUUGUCAGGAA